UCCCCGGGGUGCUAUAACUGGGAAAGGCCUGGCCGCCGUGAGGCCCCCAUAGGGCCAGCCAUCUGCGGGAGGGGGCGUGCGCAGGGCGGGGCCGGAACGUCUUUCUCCCGGCCGCGCCCUAGGCGAGCACAGUUACCCGCCGCACGGAUCAUGGCCGCAGCCGCACUGAGGCAGGUCUGGGUCCGAAAACUUCUCCCUGUUCCCUGGCUUCUGUGUGGGAGAAGAUGUGUAUCCUCCAACUUCAAGGCUGCAGACCUGCAGGUUCAGGUGACUCAGGAUCCGCAGAAGAAGCCUGCCCCCAGUGAGCCGCUGCUGUUCGGGAAGACAUUCACAGACCACAUGCUAAUGGUGGAGUGGAGCGGGAAGACAGGUUGGGGCCCUCCAAGGAUCCAGCCCUUCCAGAACCUCAUGCUGCACCCAGCCUGCUCCGCCCUGCACUAUUCUCUGCAGCUCUUCGAGGGCUUGAAGGCGUACAAAGGCCAGGACCAGCAGGUACGACUCUUCCGACCCUGGCUCAACAUGGACCGGAUGCUGCGUUCUGCAGGGCGCCUCUGCUUGCCAGCCUUCGACAAGCUUGAGUUGCUGGAGUGCAUCCGCCGGCUCAUUGAACUGGACAAGGACUGGGUACCUAAUGGUGCCGGAACAAGCCUCUACGUGCGGCCUGUGCUUAUUGGGAAUGAGCCCUCGUUGGGUGUCGGUGUGGUCACACGAGCCCUCCUGUACGUCAUUCUCUGUCCUGUGGGCUCCUACUUCCCUGGAGAUUCCAUGACCCCUGUCUCCCUCCUGGCUGACCCCACAUUCAUCCGAGCCUGGGUGGGUGGGGUCGGCAACUACAAAUUGGGGGGGAAUUACGGGCCCACCGUGGUAGUGCAGCAAGAGGCUCAGAAGAAGGGCUGUGAGCAGGUCCUCUGGCUGUAUGGGCCAGACCACCAGCUCACCGAAGUGGGCACCAUGAACAUCUUCAUCUACUGGACUCAUGAGGAUGGGGUACUGGAGCUGGUGACGCCCCCACUGGAUGGUAUCAUCCUACCUGGAGUAGUGCGACAGAGCCUGCUGGACCUGGCUAGGACCUGGGGUGAGUUCCGGGUGGUGGAGCGUAAGAUCACCAUGAAGGAACUACAGCGGGCACUGAAGGAGGGCCGGGUGCGAGAAGUCUUUGGCUCAGGCACAGCUUGUCAGGUCUGCCCGGUGCAUCGAAUCCUGUAUGAAGGCCAGCAACUCCACGUUCCCACCAUGGACAGCGGGCCCGAGCUCAUCCUCCGCUUCCAGAAGGAACUGAAGGCCAUCCAGUAUGGAACCAGCACCCACGAGUGGAUGUUUCCGGUGUGACACUGAGGGCUGUGACCUCACCCCUCGAAUCAACCAACCCUCGCCUCCCUUCCAGAGACUCACGUGAAGUGCAAUAAGAAAAGGCCGGGCCAGACACCUGGGACUCUGGCGCCCCCUCGUGGUCGCUGCACUCCAAAGCCUUAAGGGUGGAACCGGGCAUUUUGGACCCCAACCUCAGGGCUCAGAUCCCCCCUGCUGCUCAGUGUCGUGGGGGUCAAGCAAGGGCACACUUUGGCCCCCACCCCUUAUCUCCGUUCUCAUGCCGGACCCCCGGUGCGGACCUUAACUUUUUUUCUCUCUCCUUGCUGCAAUUUUAAAAUAAAAUGCCAAAGGACAAGA